GAUGGCUGCCGGACUGCCGGAAGGAAGGUGCAGAAGCCGGCUGGGGACACUAGACCUCUUCUAAGAGGCCUGUAGCCACAUGGAUGGACCUAGAAGUUAUCAUACUAAGUGAAGAUGCCAAAUGUGUGGUUGCUGUCUCCUAUAUAAGGUCGGCGUGACUUUCCCUGGAUGCACAUGCCUGAAAGGACUCCUGCUCAUCACAAUGAAAUCUCUUCUGGGCACCCUCGUGGUCUUAGCCACCUUUGUGACUUUAUGCAACUCCCAGUGCUAUCUCAUACCUAAUCAGAACUUAAAACCUAAUGAAUGCCAGGAUCUCAAAGGAGUCUCACACCCGCUGAACUCUGUGUGGAAGACUAAAGACUGUGAGGAGUGUACUUGUGGCCAAGAUGCGAUUAGCUGUUGUAACACUGCUGCCAUACCUACGGGUUAUGACACAAAUAAGUGUCAGAAAAUCUUGAACAAGAAGACCUGCACCUAUACAGUGGUGGAAAAGAAGGACCCAGGGAAGACCUGUGCUGUCACUGGAUGGGUAUUAUAAUGUGUUUCUAGUGGGCCCAGAGCUCUCAGCCUGAGAGGGCCCAAGUUUUCCCAUGCCAGGCCUCAUUCUCCUAUGGCCUCUAACUGUCUAUGAUUGUACAACCCUACCUAUUAGUAAAAAAUUCUUGAGCAAACACUUGAA